UGCCAAACCACAAAUUUUAUAUGAAUCUUAUUAAUUGUUUUCCAUUAAAUAUUGAAUGUUUUAGAUUAUGUGCCUUCAAGAAGUAGAAGAGGAUAAGUUCUUUCAGGUUUUCCAGCCAGAAUUCAGGAGACUAGGUUUCAGCGGAGUGUUCAAAAAGCGGACAGGAGAGAAGCGGGAUGGGUGUGCAAUAUUUUAUCGUGAUCAAUGUUUUCAACUAGAAAAACACUGCAGUGUUGAGUAUUAUCAGCCAGGUGUAUACCUAUUGGACCGUGACAACAUUGGACUAAUCGUUAUUCUCAAAUCAAAACUUGUUCCGAGUAAACUAUGCGUUGCCACUACGCACUUGUUAUUCAACCCUAAAAGAGGAGACGUAAAACUUGCUCAAUUAAGUAAACUUUUUGCCGAGAUUGAUAAAGUUUCUUAUGAGACCUCUGAAAACGGAGAAGGACACUGCCCAAUUAUUCUAUGUGGGGAUUUUAACAGUGAACCGAACAGCCCCCUCUAUAGGUUUAUUGUGAACGCAUUUUUGGACUAUUCCAAUAUGUUCUCAGGUGAUGUGUGCAGGCCAUUAGGGAGUUCUAACCCACAGAAGAGAGGAUUUCAAAUCAGGGCGCCCUUGCUGCCUAAGAACUUAGGGAUAACCAGGUCCUGCCAGUAUGUGGAUGUAGUAGAGCAGCGUAAUGGUUUACAAGAGCAAAGCACAGCUGGUGAAGGGAAAUGUGAAGAUAAAAGGGGAAGAAACAAAGGAUGUGAAGCUAAAAUCCAAGUAAAACAUCCUGGCUCUUCAUCAGGACCUCCUCAGCAAGUUGGAGAUCAACUACCAAGCUUGAUACCAAAAGCAUCUGGGAAUGCCGGAGCAAGGGCUUCAUCAUCUAAAGUAGCCGUGGAAGCCAUAGCAGUAGGAAGAACCGCAGCAAGUAGCACAUCAUCAGGUUCAGUUGAGCAGGCUCAAGGUUCUUCUAAAAAUCAGCACAACCCUCCAAAACACGAGCUACAUCAUAACCUUGAUAUCGAGUCCUCAUACCAGUUACACGAUGGAUUAACAACUACACACCAUUGCAGAACAAACUGUGUAGUGGACUUCAUGUUCCACAGUCGACCAAGAAAAAGUGGAAAUAUAUCGGACCUUAAAAAAGUUGCUUGGCUUCCGUUGUUUACAGAUUUUGAGUCAAACGAAAUGGGUGGUCUUCCUAAUAAGCACUGGUCGUCUGACCACUAUCGGCUUCAAGUUAAAUUCAUGCUGUGUCCACCGAGUACUAAACCUUAGGAAUAGGUAGUCAAUAAUUUUAAUGUUGAUGAGUUAAGUUUUUAAGUUUUCCAUUUAUUUAUUUUUUUAUUGGAUUUUAUAUUGAUAAUAAGAAAUUAAUAAAAAUUACUCGUCCGUUGGUUACGAAACAAAACAAGGGCAGGACAUAUAUGGCAAGUUUUCCAACACGGUGGCGGUACAAUUAAGGCCAACUCAGACAGCGUCGGCCGACGCAGCCCGACGCGAUUUGUUGUCGCGUCGGGUCUGUGUGAGUUGAACGCAGACGCGAUGGUGUACGUCGGGGGCAGUCGUGUAGUAGAAUAUUAAACAGGUUUAAUAUUUCUCACGACGGCUUAAGACUGUCCCCGACGAUAAAUCGGGUCGGGCUGCGUCGGCCGACGCAGUCUGAGUUGGCCUUAAGGGAUCGGAAGGGGGGUCGUGGGGCUUUCAUCGGACAACAAUGAACCCAGUGGCCCAACACCGCAACAAUGUAGUUGGACUGAAAAUAUUAAUUUACUGAUCCAAACAAAGUUCUUGUGGUUGACAUUCCAUAAUAUCACAAUUUACCAUAAAAUCUCUCCCAAUAAACCCCACUGGGGAUCUUAUUCCAGGACCCUGAUUGAAGCUCUAGGCAUCCCCUAGGUUUGGAAUUCCAUGUCAGCAAAUUUCUUUAGCACUCUCAACUCAUGUAAACGUAAGGGAAAAAGGGAAAAAAACCCAAUUCAUUGCUCAUUCCUUGGGUCUUCUAUUAAUCCCUCUGAUUUGAUGUUUUAUUUUGUUGAUGUGUUGCUGUCCAGACUAUCACAUUUUAUUUGACAAAACAUGUGGCAUGCCUAAGUAUGAUCAUGAUGACAUCACAUCAUGACCAUAUAUAGGCACACCAUGACUAUAUAUGGGCAUAAAACAGUUUUUUGUCAAAGAAAAUCUGAUAAUCUGAACAGAGCUUUAGUUUUAUGCUGACAGGGUGUUUUAAUUAUAUUUUUAUAUAAUUACUGAAUAUUGUUAUAUUUUGGUAAUAAAUUAUCUGAUGUAAUAUAUUAUAUGUGAUAAUUUUGGCAACAAAUCUAUACAGUUUGUGUAUUUUUAAACACAACUGAAAUGUUUUACUCAAUGUCCAAUAAAAAAUCAAAUCUACCAUAUAAAUCA